AUGGUCGAAGAUAGUUUCGCCAGCGUGGGAGUCACAGCUGACAGCACGAAAUUCGGGUAUGUGGUUGGAGCAUUACCGCCGAAAUAUGCAGUUGAAGAAAAAACACGUCAACUUCUGGAGCGCGUUGAGAUUGGUGACCGUAAACCGUCACAAUUUUUACGCUACCUCCAAAACCUGGCUGACUCUUCCGUUCCGGAAACAUUAUUAAAGACACUUUGGAUGGGCCGUCUACCAAAAUGUAUACAAGUGGCGUUAGCAAUAGUUAAAGAUAGUAAGCUAGAAGAACUCGCUGUCCAUGCAGACAACAUCGUGGAUGCAUCUGGUCCUUUGCUACCUCAAAUGGCAGAGACAUCGAGAAGUGACACUCUUGAAGCCAUGUUGAAUCUUAAAAUUUCUCAGCUUACCUUGAGUACAAAUCAGGAAAUUGUGACGUUGAGAAGUGAAGUGGUAGCGAUCAAUACUUGUCCCUCGCGUAAUCUGGACUCAAGAUCAAGUACUUACCGCUCAAGAUCUCGAUCUCGGAGCCGUACUCUCCAUGGUGCAAAUGGAUUAUUCUGGUAUCAUUGGCGUUAUGGAUCACAAUCGCGAAAAUGCAAGGAACCUUGUACCUAUAAUUCGGGAAACGUGACGGGUCAUCACUGA